GUGUGAUCGCUGCUUCUGGUUGAACAGCCAAACUCAAAUUUAGUUUUGUUGGCAAUAUGAACGCAAUCAUCAGUCUAUCAACAUUAUUACUGGCAGUACUUGCACUCAGCCGAGCGGAGCCGCCAGUAAGCAACCAGUACUUGCCGCCAGACCAGCAGUACGGACCUCCAGGAGUUCAGCAGCAGAGGCCACCGCCUAAUCAGCAAUAUGGAGCUCCAGGAUUGCAACAACAGAGGCCACCUAGCCAGCAGUACGGACCUCCGGGACAACAGCAACAGAGGCCGCCUAGCCAACAAUACGGGGCACCCCAGUUGGGUGGCGGACGCCCAAGUGGACAAGGUCUAUUCGGACAAGGCAACGGAGGCUCACUGUCUAAUCAGUACUUGCCACCCAAUCAGCAAUACGGACCACCAUCUGUCGGCAGUGGUGCUGCUGGAUAUCCCGGCGCAGGUGCCGGGGGUUAUUCCAGUGGCGGCGCCGGUGGCUAUCCGGGUGGUAGCGGCAGCGGCGGAUACAACGACGACGCUAACAGCGAGCCAGCAAAGUAUGAGUUCGAGUACAUGGUAAAUGACCCACCCUCAGGCAACGACUUCGGCCAUAAAGAAAUGCGCGACGGUGACUACACAACCGGCGUUUACUACGUUCUACUUCCUGAUGGUCGUAAGCAGAUGGUCGAGUACGAGGCCGAUCAAAACGGCUACAGACCCAAGAUCACUUAUAUGCAAGUGAACAAUGGAAUUGGCGGUGGUGCUGGUGGUUACCCAAGUGGAGGUCCCGGAGGUUACUCGAGUGGAGGAGCUGGAGGUUACCCCAGCGGUGGGCUUGGUUCCGCUGGUGGGUACCCUGGUGGUAGUGGACAAGGUGGCUACCGUUACUAG